AUGCCACGGACGGUCUCAAAGACAUUCCUCAUCUUUGAGCAUCGCGACGGCGACUGCGGAUCGAGCUCUACCAUGCCGAUCUCUAGUGCGCUAAAGUUUGGCAGAGGCAAGAAAGCCGCCGAUGUGCCCAAGCCAGACGGACCCACCAAGACAAAGUCUGAGUUAGUUUCAGCCAAGGACGAGGCUGCGCGGCUGAAGAAGGAGCUAACGUCUGCGAAGAGCAAGUUUGGUUUGACGGCUGGGGGGAACAGCAAAGCAGAGUCCAUUGCGUCGGAGACCAAGGCGGUGGGCACUGCCGAGGAACUGGGACUGCCAGGGCAUGCACGCUCGCAGUCUAUGGAUAUGCGCCGACGUCUGCGCAUGCCGAGUAGCAUGUCGCUGGGCAAGACGGGCGGCUUUAGUCCUUUCCGCCGCGUACGUUCCAGGCACGACCUGAAGACGAAUGCAUCUAGCACGAGCGAGCUUGUUUCGGGCAAGGAUACAUCGACAACCAAGGGCAAGGCGCCGGAAGAGCCUGUGCCACCGAUCCCUGCAGCAUUUGCUGGCGAAGCAAAAAGCACGGGGCCUGGUACAGUGCCAGACUUGGCCACGAGUAUGCAGGGCAAGCCUGUGAUACUUUUGCCGAGCUCGGCAGGCGCGUCGGCGGUGGCCGUGCCGGCAAGCGUGCCCGUGGCAUCAACCACUGCGACUGCCGUUCCUAGCUAUAUCCCCACACCUAUUGCUGUUCCGUCGAUCGUCACGAGUCCUGCGGAUAGCACUACUGCUCCCAUUUCCGGCGCACUCACGUCGCUGCAGAGCGCGCCGAGCAGCGAGGCCGCGCCCAUUGCUGCAUCUACAACCAACACUCUUUCGUACUUGCAAGUGACACGUCCUGCAAGCACACCUAUUGCUUCCACGCAGGAGCCAUCACUGGGCGCCAGUGACGCUGAUCAAUCCAUAGCGACCAUCGUGGAGCGUCCCACCACUCCACCACCCACCCAGAUGCCCCAACCAAGUGCCGAGGCCGAGGCUGUUGAAGCCAAAACUAGCACGCCGCUGUCGGCCACGCCGAUUGCAGCGCAGACUGGGCGUGCACAGCGAACCAAGGGUGGCAUUCGCUUCGUCGAUACUGCCGAUGACAAUUCGGAGGACGAUGAGGAUUCCGCGUCCGAAUACGGCCCUUCUGAUAGCCAUUCUGGGGCCGACACGCACGAAUCAGGGCUCACGAUGCCGAUGCACGACGCUCGAGAGUUCCAGAAUGGCUCGAUUGCGCAUGGCGCGACUCCUGCUGCGAGGGAACUGAGCGGACAUACGAGCUUGCAGCAGCCAGAAUCGGAGCAGAAACGCGCGUCGUUUUUGGGUGGUAUUGGCGCUUUGGCUACUGCAGGCAUGUCGAUGCUGUACCCCAGCAAGCAAGAAAAAGCAAUGCCGCAGCCGGAGGUGCCGCUCAAAGAGCCACGCAAGGUGACCAAGGCACCAGUGCUUGAUUUUGAGCCGACUACAGAGAAGCCAUGGAGCUAUAUUGCACCUGCAGCCGACGCUAGCACGUUUCCUGCGGCACAGCGUAAAAGCGCUGCGAUUGGCCAGGUUCCUCCUGUUCCUGCAAAGGAUGCACAGCGUACUGCUAGCGGCAAUGCUACCAACAAGGCUGCCGAAAUGAUUGCAGACGAUGCAAAUGACGCUGCAGCGACUGCCGAAAGGACUACAGACGGUGCAAAUGACUCUGCAGCGAUUGCAAAAGAGACUACAGACGGUGCAAAUGACUCUGUACCGACUGCGUUCGCCGAAAGGGCUACAGACGCUGCAAAUGACUCUGUACCGACUGCGUUCGCCGAAAGGACUACAGACGGUGCAAAUGACUCUGCAGCGAUUGCAAAAGAGACUACAGACGGUGCAAAUGACUCUGUACCGACUCGUUCGCCACAACACGCAAACUUACACGCGUUCGCCGAAAGGGCUACAGACGCUGCAAAUGACUCUGUACCGACUGCGUUCGCCGAAAGGACUACAGACGGUGCAAAUGACUCUGCAGCGAUUGCAAAAGAGACUACAGACGGUGCAAAUGACUCUGUACCGACUGCGUUCGCCGAAAGGACUACAGACGGUGCAAAUGACUCUGCAGCGACUGCGUUCGCCGAAAGGGCUACAGACGGUGCAAUUGACGCUGCAAAUGACUCUACAGCGACUGGAAAAGGCACUACCGCCGACAUCCCCACAGAUCGAUCUGCAGCGAAUGAAAAAGGCAGUAAUGCUGACUUGGUCGCUAGCGACGCCGCUGCAGCAAUUGGCACGUCCGACAUUGCAGCACAGCCCACUGUACGUGGAACGACGCAUGCUCCUGAGCCUUUACUCCGUGCAAGUGAACCCACCGCGCCAUUGCAGUUUACAAACGAGUCGACAAGCGCAAGUGAAGCGAAUGCGGCAGCGACACUAGUGGCCACCAUGGGCACAGAAGCCUCGCCCAUCACGCAAGUGACGCGCGGCGACGACACCGAGCAUGCCACGGCGGAAAAGACGCGCGAGACAGUGUCUGCUGCACAACCCAGCGCUGCAAUGUUUGUGCCCGAGCUUGUUGUGGCGCCGAUCUCUGCACCUGUUGAGCCUGCUAUGCCGCUGCGCUCAGCGCAUGUACUGCCGAGCACGGCGUCGCUUGCUGUGCUCCCAACGACUCCUCUUGCCGAGGCUGUAGCACAGCCCACGACUCCCAACAGUGCCGUCUACGUGGACUAUUUGCAAAACCAGGGCAAUUCUUCCCUUGCGCGUCUUGGCCGUCCGUUGCGCCCCACCUCGGAGGUGUAUGUGGCACAGCCAGUCUAUGCAGGAUCUCCGCCGCACUCGGCAGGUUCCGCGCCAAGCGCUGCUGUACCGUCGCCGAUGAAACCCAUGGCUUCUUUAGCGCGCACUGGCGCUGCUGUCCCGGUGCACGCGGCUGGCCCCGAUCCUGGCUACUCUGCCGUGCCGCUCUUCCAGCAAACGGCCGCGCAAAAAGCGAGCCAGGAGCUGCAUUCUUCUGUGCAUCGCGAUAAUGAAAUGGUGCUCGAGGCGCAAGGCGGACAAAAAGAGCACCACUUGCGCGACAAGAUGCAUGCCGCCGAGCAAGAGCUUGUCCAGCCCGAGCUUGGCAUGCCGAAAGAGCACCACUUGCACGACAAGAUGCACCACCUGCACGACAGGAUGCAUGCCGCCGAGCAAGAGCUUGUCCAGCCCGCGCUCGGCAUGCCGCUGGAUACGCAACCACCCACGCAGUCACUCAGAUCGUCCGCUGAAGUCAUGGAUGGAUCGCCCGACGCCAGCCGCCACCAGUCCAGCAAAAGCAAGCGCCCGCCUGAAUCGCACAAGGACAAUAUCUUCUCACACAUGUUUAGUCGCCACGGCAAGAAACACUCGAAUGCAGGUACGGAAGAGUCCGAGUAUGUGGCAGAUACACCGAAAGAGUCGCACUCUCGCGCGUCUGCUUUGCUCAGUGGGAUGUCCAUGCGCGACGCGACACGUACGCCGAAAUAUGCUGGACGCCCCAAGGUGCAAGGCUCGCCGUUGCCGGACGAGCCUAUUAUGCCGCCUGUGCCGCAUGCGCCGUCGAUGAAGGAGCUGCAAGGGCCCAAGGUGCCGCUUGUGCCCAGCGUACACACGCCGAAACGCGGCAAGAGCCAAGAGCCGGGCGGGCAUCUGCCUGUGCCUCUUUUGCAAGCACCUGCCGCCGCGUCAUCCAACACGUUUGCGCCUGCUCCCACGGCCCUCGUCGAGCAAGACGCCACAGCCUACUCGCUCCCCGACGCGAGCCCUCAAGAGCUGUAUCCCUCCGUCUCGGGCCCGGCCCACGAGCCCGAGCGCAUCUGGGUAGAGCGCCCCGCCCACGAGCGACCGCUUAUCAUGGAGCAAGUGGUCCCUCCCCAGCCAGAGCUUGUGCGCACGCCAGAGCCUGUCAUGGAGCAAGUUCCUGUUCAAAUGCCGCGCUACAUUACUCCCGAAACAGAAACACUCACCGCCCCCCUACCCCAGCAGCGCUAUGCGCGCCAACUCGACGCCGUAUCGCAGCCCGAGACGCAGCAGCUGCCGUCUGCGCCGCAGCCCAUGACGGUAUACUUGCCGCCUCCCGCGCCGCCGAAACAGGAAGAGCGCCGCGAUGCAUACCCCCGCUUCUUGCACACCGUCCCUGAAAGCGAGGAGCAAAGCGCGCCUGGGCCCGACGAGGAGAUUGACGAUGUCCACUUUGCCGACGCCGAAGACGGCGCUGCGCCCUCCUCUCUCGCCCACAUGCUCCGUGGAAGUGCUGCGUACGAUCCCCAUUCGAUCGUGCAGUUUAUGCAGGCGAUGGACGAGCCGGAUUAUGGGCGCGCCGUGUCGCGCGCCUCGGCACUUGGGAUCCCCAUGGACCAAAUUCCCUCCAACAUUCCCGAGCGGUCCGAGUAUGAGGACCGCGUUUUUGUAUGGGACGCCCAAGGAUGGCUGCGCGAGCGACAAUACACCGACGAUUACCGCCAGGGCGACUUGCAGUCGUUCCUCAAAGCGCGCCGCCAAAACGUGCCCAACUUUGCAUGGAGGUCGCCGCAGGACAUGGCCGAGGCGCAGCGUCCUCCAGUGCCGCCCAAGGACGAGGGCACAGAGCAGCUCCCUUCGCGUGCAUCGCAAAGCUCGCUGCAGUCCGCACGCCUCUCGCGCUCCAACUCGUUGCUGGACACGUUCCUGCAGUCGGACCUGGACUUUGAUACACACCUCCUUGAUCUGAACGAGCUCGAGCAGGUCCACAAGAGCAAAGCCACGCCGAAAGCGCGCCUGCAGCCGAGCGAGCGCCAGCUUGCAAUGGAGCCGCAGCUCGCGUACGAGAGCCGCGCGUUGGAGCAGGAGCUUGCACAAGACCACGCAGAACUCGCGCCGCAGGCUGUGCAGGAAUCUACGCCGACGUACGCCGAUACGCAGGAGAACUACGUACCGUACGAUGAAUUUGGCGGCGCGCGCCCCGACUAUGAGCUGGGCGAGCACACGGCAAAGGCCACGCACGCGCAGGAGCAGGGACAAGUGCCGUCGCGCACCUAUGCUCGGCAGCAGCACGAGGCGCCUGCUCAGAAACGUGCGCACGAGCCUGCGUACGAUGGGUUUGCGCAGCCGCAGGGGUACGAUGCCUAUGCACAGCGGCACAAUUACGAGGCGUACCAGCAGCCGUAUGCACAGCCGUAUGCACAGCAGUCUUUUGAUGCGCACGGCAGGGCAGGGGCUGAACCGUCCAUGUCUCCGCCAAACAUUGCAGAGUCGCUUUCGAUUGCGCCUCUGCAUAAGCGCGGUUUGCAGCAAGGACAGGGCCAGGACCAAGGGCAGUACCAAGGCCAGGGCCAGUACGGUCAAGGGCAGUACGGCCAAGGCCAAGGGCAGUACCCAGGCCAGGGCCAGUACAGCCAGGGCCAGUACAGUCAAGGGCAAUACAGUCAAGCGCAGGGCCAGUACGAGCAGCCCGGGUACGGAUCCGAGUACGGACAGUACGGACAGUAUGCACAACAGCCUCAAGCACAGCAGUACGGACAGUAUGCACAACAGCCGCAGGCACAGCAGUACGGACAGUAUGCACAACAGCCGCAGGCACAACAGUACGGACAUUAUGCCCACCCUGGGCAACAUGCCCAGCAUCCCCACACCCAGCAUCCCCACACCCAGCAUCCCCACACCCAGCAUCCCCACACCCAGCAUCCCUACGCGCAGCAGUAUUCUCACCCCUAUGCAGACGAGCCGCCACGCUCGCCGAUGCAAUCUGCGCCGCUGCAAUCUGCGCCGUAUGCCCACGGCGCGUAUCCUGCGCCGAAAUCGCUUCCUGCAUCGCCUUCGGACAGUUAUGCACGCAGCGCAGGCAGCUACGGCUACGCCGGCAAGCGCCCCGAGAUGCGAGCGCCGAGUGCCCAAAGCACUGGGCAAUCAUUGUCUGCGCCCAGCUUCCAGCCCCAGCCACGCACACAGCCGCGGAGGCAGACCAAGCAAGCCAAGCAGGCCAAACCUUCAGCACGCGGCUGGGCGGCAUUGCUCAACAACGACCCUCUUUCUGCGGCCAAGUAG